UAAAAAAGUUUAUGUCUAUUGUUAAAUACCAGUGAGUCAAUGGUACAAGGUUAGUUUGUGCUGAAUAUAUGUUGAAGGAAAAUUGCUGGGCUUACUAUAGUGUAAAUUGCAUAAUUUUGACGAAAAUCUGACAUUACGCGUUUGUUGAUUAUAAGACAUGUAUACAUUGUUAACAGUCGUUUACUGUGUCGCUUUUUGGGCCUUAGUCACGGGUGACUAUGAUUGCAUUUGUAACUACAACGUCGAGGCAACAAUUCACUCUAGCCCAGCCGAGGGUCAACCGAUUGGCUAUAUGUAUGAGUUUGAUUGUAAACCGCUUAUCUCAAUCGGAAAGCCCCCUGGGUGGGGCCUCGUCGCAUUUGAACACAAGGCAGGAUAUCUGGCCAUCGAUGCCAACAUAGAUGUACUUAUGUGUCCAGGCAGUCCUUCAGAUGGAGACGUAGUAUAUAGAAUUGAUCUUUGCCCAUACAAGUUUCUAUCUGAGGUACACGCAAAUAUUCAGAACAAAGUGUUUAGGCAGUACAUGAGAUAUUGCUAUGAACUGCGGCUAAAGACCGGAACUUGGCCCGAUGCGUCAAAGGAUUGUUCGGAGCGGGGAGGAAUGUUGGUGGUUAUAACAGAUCCGCACGUGCAGUCACUCGUCCAUGCCCUUGUUAAUAACCUUCAGCCGCCCGCUGAUAUCUGGCUUGGUUUUUCCGAUAGAGACGAAGAAGGUGUAUGGCGAUGGGUGGAUGGUCAGCCAACUAGUUACACUAACUGGACACCCAUAGAUCCCGUAUACAACGACAUUAAGGAUUGCGCCAUCAUGAGCCACGACUCCGGUAGUUGGAUGCAGGCGGAGUGUAGUUUCUAUAUGCUACAUACGGAACGUCUUUCAUGGGUCUGCCAGUACGGCAUCUAGCGAUGAGUGCAGUGUUGGCACCGUUCCAGAACAUCAAAUACGUGUACUAUUUUAUUGGAAUCUAGUGAUACAUCAGAGUUGACACCGUUACUGACAGUUAAAUAUGUGUACUGUUUUCUUUGGCAUCUAGUGCCGAAUGACAAAUUAGCCUUCACACCGUUAUAGACCGUAAAAUAUAUGUUUUGUUUCUUUUACAGCUAUACAUUAGCGUUGACACCAAUCUAGAGUGGAUAGCUAUGUUAAAGGA